CUCUGAUUAGCAAAUUCCAUCACAAAUAUUCAAACUUGAUCAAAUCAAUUAAACAAACCUAAGGUUAUUAUUUAGUCUGGUUUAGUUUGACUUUGAUUAGAGUAAAAUUAAAAGAAUGGCACAUAAUGGUACUAGCCAAGGCCAACUGCACCUAGUUGAUGAACAUGGAAACCGAGUUGAUCAAAUUGAGGGCAAUGCAACUCAAGGUACUGCUAUGGGGUUUGCACCUGUUGGUGCAGGUACUCAUGAUGAUGCUAUGAAGAAAGAGCAUGAACAUCACCAUGAUGAGGGUCAACAACAACUUCAUCGUUCUGGUGGCUCUAGUUCCAGCUCUUCAGAAGAUGACGGAGAAGGUGGGAGGAGGAAGAAGAAUAAGGGCAUAAAGGAGAAGAUUAAGGAGGCUUUGACUGGAGACACCACUCAUGAUGACAAGAAGGAAUUAGGUGAUCAACAACUGCCUCCACAAACUACUACGAUUCCUACUCCUGAAACUGAAGGAGAAGAGAAAAAGGAAUAAUGGACAAAAUCAAGGAGAAUAUCCCUGGGAUGCAUUGAGCAAAUUCAUGAAUUGCCUUAUUAUUAAGAUGUUGUAUUUUUCUUCUCUUUAUCUUAUGCACAGAGUGAACUUUACAUGAUUAUUAGUGUGUGUGUUGUUGUUAAGGUGGAGUUAUAUGUCUCUGUAUAGUCAUAGAGCACGGUGCUCUCACUUUUCUGUAUGUACAUACGCGGCCAUGCCCCGCUUCCUAUCAAGUGUCAAUGUACUACUGUAUAUAUAUGUCUAAUGUGGUUUUGGAAAUAAAUAUUCCACAUUAUAUAUAA